AGUAAAAUACUAAUCACUGACAAGCCCAGUGCCCGCAUCUCUACUGACAUUUUAUUUAACUUCCAAACAAAAAAAAUAGAACUUUUCAAAUUCGUCCCAGAUUUUAUUUGCCAUCCUUCAAUUUGGCCGAUGCUAAAUAUGUGAACGACUAAACUAAUUUUAAACCAUCGAAAAAGUGUUUUUUUCUGUUGGGUCUUCCAAUUUUUUCGAUAGAUUUAUGUGUAUUCGUUUUGUUCGUACCACGUAAUUUCUUAGUUGACAUAUAUAAAGUCUCAUCAAUUAACGCGUAUGUGUCAAAUUUGCCACUUGACGUUUACCGCUCAUGCGGCAAAUAUGUUCUAUCAUCAUAACGCGGCUGUUUGUUUUCGUUCAAUAUGUUUAAGUGGAUAUUUUGUUUCAGCGGUUAAAAUGUCGAAAGAAUUAAAAUUUCAAAUAUUCGUUUUUUAAAAUAAAUUUAUAUAUGAAAACUCUAAUUUCAAAUUAAAACAAAUAAACUAUCAUUUGUUUUACGACGAUAAAGCAGCUGCCGUUCGUCAUUGGAUGCGUUCAAUGAUGGUUGCGUUGAUGUGCGUUGCGUGCCGUUGUUAACGCCAUUACACACUGAUUUAAGUUUUUGAAAGCAAAACAAGCCAACGUUUCUUCGGGACAGUUCGCCAGAAUUAAUGCAAACGAUACCAGUUUAUUGCGACCGUUGUUCGAUGUUAGUUGGCGAUAACGUUUCACACCACCAUGAAAAUAAAAUGUUCUUAAUCAAGUGAAAAAAAAAGUUAUAAAUCGUGCCAAUUUUUUUGUUUUAAUAAAAUUCCCUCGUAAAUGUUGAUGUUUUAGUGGAUUUUGUUCUAAAUUCAUUUCCGCGAUGUUUAUAAACGAAGUGCCGAACAAUGCAGAGCUAUCUGCGAUCAUUGUUACUGAGCUACGUGAUUUGUAUGGAAUCAAAUUCAGAAAAGAGAAAAAAUCGAAAAACCAACAGCAUUCGAGCCAUCAGAGAAUAUUUGGAGUGCCAUUGAACAAUUUGGAAUUUACGGAUGUCAAGCUGUCAAAUGGAUCGUUGUGUCGUAUACCAUUGUUUGUAUCCGACGCCUGUGCUCGCAUUAUGGAUCACAUUGAAGUGGAAGGCAUUUUUCGAAAGGCUGGUUCGACAACUCGCCAGAAGGAAAUUCGAGAAAAACUCGAAUUGGGCAUUCCGAUGGACGACACUUGGAAUGUGAUUGACAUUGCAAGCGUUUUGAAGUUUUUCUUUCGUGAACUACCCGAACCAUUGUUGCCGCCCGGCAAUUUCCAAGAAACCAUUCUACGUUGUUUGCUUUGUAAGGGAACGCACGAGCGUAAAAUAGCCGCUAUAAAAAUGGUCUGUUUGCUGUUGCCCAAUGUGGCGUUAAACACACUAGUCUAUUUCAUGCAGUUUUUAAAUUUGGUGUCACUUCAUUCGACCGCCAAUAAAAUGUCAACGAAAAAUUUGGCAAUCAUUUUUGCACCCGGCCUAAUGCCCAUAAAUGAAAGCUACGGCCAAAGACUGGUGUCACACGUACAAAUCAUUGAAAUAUUGAUCGAUAAUGCACAUGAACUGGGAUUGAUUCCUCCCGAGCUGGUACAUCGUUUGCCAAGUCUUGAAUUACCCGAAACCGUCGGCAAUGAUCCGUUGAAUUUCACAAUGGUACCGCAAUCACGGCGAUCAAUUGACCCAGGUCGUAUGAAAGUACCCGAAACCGAUAUCAAAAAGAAGAAGAAACGACGCAGCGGCUCGUUGACACGAAUGUUCAACGGUUUCUCUGAUGGAUUCCGAAAGAUUGUAGGUGCCAUUGGAUCCACUGAAAAUUUAGACAAUAGUCACCACGAAAGUGAAAUACAAUCAACUCCGUGCAUAAACAAAUCCAAAAAACGUAAAGCGUUGGAGGCUGGUGCCUUUAGUUCAAAGAAAAAAAAAGAUGUCCUGGCGCUGUUACCAACCGGUGGCAUCUUGCCGUCUACUCCAAUGGCAUGUACCAAAAAUAAGCCCGUAAAGAAGAGUCGUCUAAGCUUGGGUGGAAAGCGGUACUCAAAAAAUGGAUCGCAGCAGUCGAAUGGAGGCAAGUCAUCGAUUGUUUCAUCGUUAGAAAGACGAUGGAGUUUCAUGGUGUCGGGUAGCGGAACACGUGAAAGUCAGAAGCCGUUGUUGAAUACAAUUCAAGAUACUACAAUUUCAUCCAUUCAGCCGCCAGAACCGGUAAAAAAAUUUGACUCAUGGGAAGCUCAAAUGACAAAAAGUGAAUAUGAAGAAAUAAAGGAUCGUGUUUCUGCUAUUGAAACGCGAAUUUCGAAAGAGUUCAUCAAGCUGCAGUCGUCGCUUGCGAACAAUUCAAUGGAUUCAGUCGAUACGAAUGACACACGAAACGGUCCCGAGCGGGUUCUAGAGAAAUUCGAACGGACACUGGAAGAAACCGAAAUGAUGAAUACAUCACCAAUGACUGAGCAGUUGGCAAAGCAUUUGAGCCGUGGCCUAAAGAUUCGUUCAAGUGCUGAAAACCGAGUUUUUCGAUCACCAAGUGCGCGCAAAAUUGGGAGCAUUCGACGUAAAUCGCAGGAAAAUGUUCGGCUUACGCGUAACAAAUCAUGGCAUUUGGGACCAAACUCACCAAUCGUGUCAAAAAGCACACGAACCACUCGAAAAUCACCGCUGCAACCAAAAGUCACACUAAUCAGUCCGAAUGUUGACAAACAUGUUCAAAUACCACGUGCAAAUCUGAAACGAGGCCGACCUAACACAUUCGCAAACGGAUUGCGUUGCACGCAACAGACUGAAACCAUAAGACCCGACGAAAAACAAUCGAACGUAUUUAUGGUUACCGAUAAUUUUACUGAAGAACUGAAGAAAAAUGACUUAUGCAACAACGAU